CUCGAAAGCUUGAAAUCCAUUGGUCCAUCUGUAUACUAGAAAUCACAAAACAUCAAAAAUGAGUUAUGGUAUAAAAAAAUUGUAUACAAAUGUUUGGUAAGAAUCAAAUUAAUGAAACGAGACAAGAGAUAGAAGGAAGACUGCUACUACUACUGGUUACUUGGUCGUAUUAUACGUUAUCCUAGAUGACGCAAUUCAGUAGCUUAGAGACCAAAUUUGCCAACUUACUAGUGGCUGGCUUGUUCAGCUUUCAUGGAGAUAGCAACAAAAUUUGUCGUUGACAAACGACAAACACUCCUUUCACUAAUUAAGCAAAGGUUAUCCCUCCGGAUAUAUCGUUGAGAUAUUAGAUAUCAAGAUUGAUAGUAUAUGGUUUCGUGUUUAACUUUCGAAGUUUAUCAUUCGAAGAGAUUAUUUGGCAGUUACAAGUAAAAUUGUCAAUCAAGGUUGACAAUCCGUGAGAGUUCGCAAGAUUUUUAUGAGAAUUGAGCUAGUUUUGGUCGAUGUAUUUGUCGUGUUUCACGAUUUUAUAUAUUAAAAAGGUGAUUGGGAGGUGAUAGUAGAAUCUGACAAAGGAAAUUUUAAAAUAUAUAGCAUCAUAGCUUUGAUGCAACCCUAGGCGGAAGCAAUGAGGGACACUUUGGUCAUUUGUGCCUUCUUUAACAAUUAACUAACGAAAAUAUUGGAUGGAAAGAUAAUAUGUUUGUUGCAUUAAUUGUGAUAAUAAAAGUGUAUGUUUAUAUAAAAAUAUAGUAAAGGGUAUAUAUUUGUUAACUUGUAGUAGUUGUAGUAGUAAAGUAGUACAAAAUACUAUUAACUCUUGCUGAAAUUAUGUAUACAUAACUAGAGUUUAUAAACUCUAAAGAUUACAUAAUAACCCUAAUAUAUACUAAUAAUUUUACACAACAUAAUACUACUCAUACUCUAAUCGAAUAGGUGGAUUGUUGCUAGCCUUCGAGCAAUACAAGAACAAGCUGACGGCACAGGUCGGAGGAAGAGAACAGGCUGAGCGACUAGUCAAUUAGGGAGUGUUCCUGCUCUCCACCAUCGCCGGCCUCCGGCGAUUUCACCAACAACUAUUACCCGCCACGUACCUUUCUCGGCCUGCGCCAGCCAGUACACCAUCGACGAGUUCGUCGAUCUCCUCAUCUCCGAGCUAUCCAAAAUCCUGCUGAGGCUGAACGAGCUUGGGGCUCGCCGUUUGCUGGUUUUUGGGUCCGGCCAGUUCGGGUGCUGGCCGGCUCAGUUGGCAAUCAGGGCGUCGACGGGGAGUGCGACUCUGAGCUAGUGAACGCAGCGUCUCGGUUCAACUCCGAGCUGAACCGGAUGGUUCAGCGGCUGAACGAUCAACACGGUUACGUUUUCGUCGCGGCUGCCAACUCCGUUGCUUUUUCCACCGAGAUCAGUAACAAUCCUGGGGCUUACGGGUUUACCGAAACGAGGGUGGCUUGUUGCGGACAGAGUCCUUAUAACGGGCUAGGGCAAUGCACACCAGCGUCGAAUCUGUGCCCGAAUCGGGAUGAGUAUCUCUAUUGGGAUUCCACCAAUCCCACCGAUAGGGCUCAGAGGUUUUUUGUCGAAGGAAUCUUGAGUGGUUCUGCAACCGUUGUCUUCCCAAUGAACCUCAAUUCCAUGUUGGCAUUUUAAGAAAUGAAUCCAAAAUCAAGUUUAUCAUCAUCACUCAACCCACUACCAAAUCACACCAUUAAAAUCUGAAAAGAGUAUUAUUUAACUCAGUUACUAAUUGCAAAUCCGGAUAGAGUUACCUCUUGUAGCCAAGUGCCAUCCAUGUGUGGGAAAUUGUGUUCAAAAGUGCCCUUAGUGCUAGCAAUAGCAAGAAGCAGGCCAUCCGGUGAUGCUUUUUUGUUUAUCUCCAGGGUAACAGUGAGUUUCCCUCUUCCCACCACCAAAUCGAAGCAGUAAAUCAAUCCACAAUCUACCGAAUUGAAAUACUGUGGAUCUUCUUCAGCUCUGGCUGGCAUCCGGGGCAUGUAGGAAAAAAAGAGAGUUUUGUGCAGGAACUCCGAGGCUCUAACAAGACUGGAAGGAAUGGAUGCAAUUUCCAGACAAGAACCAUGGAUUAAAGAGCACAACGAUGAUUGGAGAAUAAUCUAACAAUACGUAAAAUCAUUAAUCAAAUCCAAUAAGGUAAAAUCGCAUCA